AUGGCCACCGCGAGGCUCGACUAUGUUGCUCCGUGGUGGACCUACUGGCUGCACAAUUUCCCACAUUUUGACUUCUCCUUCAAGUCCGUGGACAGUACGUUUAGACCCGAGCAGGAGAACUACCAGCAGUCUGUGGUGGUCCUGGCCUGCGUGGGAGUGCUGGGCCUGAGUUUGAGCCUGCUGCUCCUGUUGGUCUUCUUGCUCUGCCUCUGUUGCUGUCGAAGGGAAGCGGACGAAGAAACCAAAAGGCCCGAGAGGACUUGCUGCUUGACGUGGUCGGCCGUCGUCACGGGGCUUAUCAUAUGUUCUGCUGUAGGAGUGGGUUUCUAUGGAAACAGCGAGACAAAUGACGGCGUGUAUCAGUUAACCUACUCCAUCUACAAUGCUGAUCGCACUUUGGGCAGCAUCAACAACCUGUCUGCGGGCUCUUUGGGAACGGCGGAAACGGGAGUCAAGCAGCACCUGGAGCGCCUGGACGAGAUCUUUGCCGCGCGUCCCGACUUCCUUCGUGCCCUCAGCUUCAUGGAGCUGAUGGUGAACAACGUCAUCAGGGAGCUGACGGCUCUGCCCGACCUCAGCAAAGGCAACGUGGACCUGGCUGCCGCCGCAGACCAGGCAGCAUUUGUUGAGUAUUACAGGUGGCUGACCUAUCUGCUCCUGCUGAUUCUGGAUCUGCUCAUCUGUCUGACCGUGUGCUUGGGGAUGGCCAAGCAGUCUCGAUGGCUGCUCAUCAUGAUAAUGGCCUUUGUGGUGUUAUCUGUGAUCCUGAGCUGGGCUUCACUGGGUGCCAGCUUGGCUACAGCUGUGGGGACCAGUGACUUCUGCGUGUCUCCUGCCAAGUUCAUCGUGAACCAAACCAAAGAUUUCCUCAGCGCUGAUGUUGCCCACUAUUAUUUGUUCUGCAGUUCCAAUCUACCCAACCCCUUCCAGCAGUCUCUGACGAUCUGUCAGCGCUCGCUGACCACUAUGCAGAUCCAAAUCCAGGGUUUGCUGCAGUUCUCGGUGCCCGUCUUUCCUACCGCUGAGAGAGACCUUUUAGGCAUCCAGCGCCUGUUGAACUCCAGCGAAUUUAAUCUGCACCAGCUGACGGCCUUGCUCGAUUGUCGCGGGCUGCACAAGGACUACCUGGACGCCAUAAUGGGGGUAUGCUACGAUGGCGUGGAAGGACUCCUCUACCUGGCUUUGUUCUCUUUACUAGCGGCGUGCUCACUCUCCGCCAUGUUGUGUUCCAUUUUCCGAGUGUGGACGCUAACGGGCAUCAGAGAAAAAGAGUACGACGAUAUCGACGAGGAGGACCCGUUCAACCCCGAACCGCGACGCUUGUCUUAUAACCCGAGGAGGUCCAACAUCCACAGCUUCUGCAGCUACACCAGCAGCGCCGGCAGCCAGGCCAGCAUCCAUCCUCAACCUCAAGCUGCCACUAGCGUGCUGCCCGCGCCGGAAUACAUGAACCAGUCCAUGCUGUUCGGAGGGAGGCCGCAGUAUGAGAACGUGCCGUUAAUAGGCAGAGGAUCCCCUCCCCCUUCGUACUCGCCCGGUAUGAGGAACACAUAUCUAACAAUGACCGAAGCCCAGAUCAGACACUUUGGCACGGACUUCCAAGUGUAG